UUGCAAGCUCUCGCGGCGAUAUGGCCAAGUCGCAUUAGGUACUGUGCUCUUGCGUAUAUACGAGCAGCGUCGAUCGCGUAGGACAAUCGCGAAGUGUUUUUGCGAUUAUCAAAGUUCGAAUGAGGAUUUUAAGCUCGCUCGCUGUUCUUCCUAACGCUGCACUACGCGAGGCCUGCAUCGUCGUCGUCCCGUUCGCGCAAUGUCGCUACUAUAUCGCUAGACGCGAAUCGCCAGUGAGCUAAUUUCCUUUUGAAAAGAGAAAUACGGAUAAAACAUAAAACGGUACAUCGAAGUUUUUACGAUAAACGAGUGAUCGCCGCGCGCGCGCGACAUCCAAGAAUGCAGAGGCACGAGCUUUUCCUCGCCCUCGUGCUGCUCUCGGCGACGCUCGGCGCGAGCUGCUGCAGCGCCGAGAUACUCUUCAAUUUCGUGAAGAAGAGCGAUCCUUGCCCGAUCAAGUGCCAAAAGAUACACAUACGCACUGUGCAAAAGGACAACUUCGUGGACGUGCAGCAAGUGACGUCCUCGGACUGCCAGAGGGGCUGCAGAUUCUACAAUCUGAUCAGUUUCAGCAAGAAGUUGGAUCAGCGCGGCGUCAACGACACCCUGGAGUCUUGCGAUUCUUCGUGUCGAGCCGCCUAUCCGGAGCUCAGGUCCGCGGCCACCUGCCGCCUCGGCUGCAUCUCCAUGGCGCUGCAUCGCGAGAUCUUCGAGAACUCGGCCGUCUCGCUGAUGAUGCGCCUCGACGACGAGCGACCCAUACCCAAUCUGCUGGCAGCGCUGCCCGUUCACUUCGCGGCGAUGCAUGAGAGCAGCAGCAGCAGCGGUGGUAACGUCGCGGCUACCGUCAAUCCGACCCUCGGCGACGAGCCACUGGCCAAUUGGUGGGACACCGACGAUUACAAGUCCACGGAUACGACCGCCAGGCAGCAGUACAACGUCGUCGUCAAGUCGAAAACUUACGUACCCAAGAGCGACUUGUUCGAGUCGCUGUGCGUGCUGAAGCACGCGGACAUCUACAGCUGGCUCCUGGCGCUGGCCAUCUUCGCCGUCGUCCUGUCCAUUCUCUGGCUCUAUCUGGCGCCGGAAAAGUUCAAAGACGCUCAUCGGCAGGACGACGCGGCUACUCUGGUUACCGCUGCUGCUACGGCACCAGCAGCGCCACCGACCAGCAGCAAAUUUACCGUCUAUCUGCCCGACGAGGCGCCGCUACACAAAAUACCUCCACCCAAGUAUUACGACGUCGUCGACAUGAACGAUAAAAACAUCAAGGUCUAAGAUCUCGUCUGGAUCUAGAUCGCGCGUCGUGCGUAACUUUUGACGUUGACUCUCUACCGCAGGUAUUAGACUGCAGCAAUCAGUAUUAGAAAUACAAUUCCCGUUGAUGCGUACGUAGAGUAUAUAAAAUAUGUAGACGUACCUUUUUCAUUAUACUGUAAGGAUACGAACUUGAGAUUAAUUUCAGCGCUAAUUUUCAUUUUAAUAAGACGAUGUGAUCAUAUGUGUACUUGGUGAUUUGUAACAUAUGCAAUAAAAAGUCAUUACCUCUAAAA